GCGUCUAUGGGGUGUCAACAUUGUAAACAACCUUUGCUUCAAAUCUUGUAGUCUAUGAACUAAUAAUAAUUAUUUUAAAAAGAUAUCCAUUAAACAUGAACACACUUGAAAUACGUUCUGAGAUUGUGAAAUGCCUGGGGAUCAUGUGGACAGACAAAAUGUUUCUCGACUUUACAAUCAAGAUACAAAAUGACACAAUCACAUGUCAUAAGUUCGUUCUUGCUGCCUGCUCUGAAUUUUUCCAAGCGUUGUUUCGAUCAGGAAUGAGGGAGGUCACAGAAAACAGCGUUGUGUUAAAAGAUGUUUCCUAUGAAAUAUUUCAGUUGAUUCUGAAAACACUUUACACAGGUGUCAAUGUUUUAACGUUGGAUAAUUUCAUUCACGUUUGGAGGGCUGUGCACAUGUUGCAGAUUAGUUUUAUGGUAAAAAUGUGUGAAAGUUUUGCAGCUAAGUCUAUUACAAUGGAGAACUGGGAAAACAUUUACGUAACAUCUAAACUUUUUGGCUCAACUACUGUCCUAGAUAAGUUUCAUAGCUUCAUGUUAAGGAACUUUGAUCAAAUAAGUCUUUCAUCUACAUAUCUACAACUGACUUCCAAUGAAGUUCGUAAUUUGAUAAAAAGCCAGGAUCUUUGUGUCAGUAGUGAAGAUAUUGUGUUAGAAUCAGUGAUACGAUGGGUUGACUGCUAUGCUCCAAAUAAUGCUAACACAGAUAUUACAAACACAUACAUGAAAGUCGACAUAGAAACAGAUGGUAUUGAAUUGGAAAAAGUACCUUCAAAUAACUCGCUGAAUGUUGCAUUAACCGAGCAUGUAUCUAGAAAAGAUGAGCUGGCAGAUUUAUUAAGUCUGGUAAGGACAUAUCUAGUGAGUCCAGAGGUGUUAACUCGAGUUUAUCAACUUAAAAUGUGUUCUGAAAACAAAGACUCUAGAGAUAUAAUUGUCAGCGCUUUGUCGUACCAAGCCCAAUCUUCAAGAGACGGCCAGUGGCCAUCAGCGGCUGUGCACAGAUCUUGUAGUAGCUUUACACACGUUGGGGUUUAUGCAAGAAAAGAUGGACAGUUUAGAGCAAUACGUGCUAGCGAUAAUACUUGGUUCGACUUACCAACUUGUGAUGGUUUAAAAGACAGUAUUCAGCUAGUUACGUUUGACUCAGACUUAUACGCAAUAGGAAAACCUCUUAACAUGCCAAACACGCAAUAUAAUUUAUUUGUCUUUUCUGGAAACGGCUGGAGAAAAGUUUUUAAUCUGCCUGGUAACAAUUUGUUACUUGUUUCUCAUAGGCAGUUUAUUUACAUUUUAGACAAAAGUGAUAAUGUAAUAUAUCUUAUAAAUCCAAGAAGUUUGGAUUUUAAAAAAUUCAUGAAAAUUCCAUCUCAGUUAGAUGUAAAGCACGCAACUAGCUUUGAAAGCUCCAUUCUUAUUUUCUCCUCUGAAACUCAAAACAACAUUGAGAAUACAGUUGUUUACAAUUACGAGUUUCCGUCAGCCGUUUGUACCAAGCUAACCGAUUUGGAUGGACCAGCAGACCAGCUGACCACUUUCAAGAACGACAAACACAGCUACAUAUUACAGACAAAUGGCUCUCUGUGGGUUAUUUUGAAUGCAUCGUCAUUAAAAAGAAUUGAGAUAAAAUUUGUUUCUAAACUAUGGAAUUGCCAAAGAAAACAAUACGGUGCUUUAACCUACAAUGAGAAGUUGAUUAUUUUCGGAAAUGCCACUGAGAGAGAUCCGCCAGAUGCAAAUAGAAAAUACACUGUUCCAGGACAUCUUAAAUGUAUUUCAUACUGGGGACAUGAUAAUGCUUUGUCGAAUUUCGUUCCAGCUACACUUCCAAAGACAUCUUUACUUAGGUAACUGUAAAGCUGUGUCUAUCAAAUAAGAUAGAUAUUUGGUUGAUUUUAUUUAACCAUGAAAAUACAGUUCUAAAGCUUAUAAACGGAGAACACUUAUUUGUUUCUUUUUUAUAGCAUUUAUUUUGUGAUGUUUUAAAAUACUUUUUAAGCAAACAUACUUUCUUUAAAAUGAGAAAAGAACGUUGCUAAUGUUGUAGAGUUUCCCACUCAUUCAAUGACUUUAAAGUCAAUAGUUUUAUCAGAAACGCAUAA